AUGUUCAGACCAUUAUUUGCCCGCGUGGGCCCAACACUCAGGUGGGUCCGUCAUCAAAGUACAGAAGCAUGCCAGCUGACAAUUCAACCAAAAGCCGGCACUUCCACCACCCUUCGACAUCUCCAUUUCACAGACACUGUUAGCUACGAAACAGGGCUUGGGGUUCAGGAGAAGUUCGUUGCAGCAAAUCUUGACUUCAAAAAUAUUCGCUCAAGGGCCUUGAGGCAAAUUGAGGCCGUGAAAUCGGGGAAGAUGGAUACCGACGAAGGCCCAGCUCAAGUAUCUCAAUACGAAGAGAAUUUGGUGGCCAAGAUGUUGAAAGAUAUCAAACCUGGACCGUUAGUGCUUACUUUUCAGUUUAACCCAGUGUACACCGGAGGAAAACGAGAAAAAGACUCUCAUAGUGAGCAAGAGCUAGAAAUUUACAAUUUCAAAGGAGCCCAUUACGUUCAGAGCAGUAGAGGAGGACAGGUGACUUAUCAUGGUCCUGGCCAAGUGGUGGCAUACUCAAUCAUCGAUUUGAAUGACUUCAAAAAACUCGAUGCCAAAGAAGAACAAAAUGAAUUAACUUCUGACAAUGAUAUCCCUCAAAUGUUGAAAAAAGAUCGUCGCGCCCUUCCCCCACGUUGUUUUGUUAAUGGUCUUGAACAAUCCAUCAUCAAUACCCUUUCCUCGGGCCACAAAAUUUCAAGGAGCAUGUCUGCUGCGUCUAGAACUCCAUAUGGCAUAGAUUCCUUCCGUACAGAAAAUACCGGGGUUUGGGUUGCCGCAGACGCCAAAAUCGCCAGUAUCGGUGUCCAUGUUCGUCGUGGCGUGACCUCCCAUGGGGUUGCAAUCAACGUCAAUACCGAUCUUGACUAUCCUAACAAGUUCGUGAUGUGUGGGAUCGACAAUGCCAAAACAACUAGCAUGAAAGAGAUUUGGGAGAAGGAAAACCAAUCCAGAGAAGUUUCCAUAAGAGAUGUGUCUUACAGUUAUGCUUGUGAGUUUGCCAAAGUGUUUGGCUUCAAACAAGUAGAGCAUUAUGAUGUCAUUGCUGAAAACUUCAUCAAAGGAGUAGAUGGGGCUUACAGUCAUGGAAUUAAAGAGAUUUUAUAG